CGCGCACGUUAGAAAAUCGUUCUUUAAGGACCAACACCAACCCGCCAAAAGUCAUCGCCCGGACAACACGGUCGCGGGAGAUGGUCCCGAUUGAGGAAUCUGUCACAUAUAAAGGCACCGAAGGACCAUCCAGGCAUCCGGUACGAAACUCAGAUGACAAGGAACGUCGGUUAGAAAUUUAUGAGAACCCGCCAGAAUCAGGCCCUCUUUUGCUUGAUUUCCAGAAUUGUUCGUCGGCCGAGUUUCUUGUUUACGACCGGCAAUGGAGUCUUCAGGGACUGAUUCAUUCCUUUUGGAGGAUUUUGGACAGAAAGUCGACCUCACGCGGCGGAUUCGGGAGGUUUUGGUGAAUUAUCCUGAAGGAACGACUGUGUUGAAGGAACUGAUCCAGAAUGCUGAUGAUGCCGGUGCGACUAAGGUUUGCCUCUGCUUGGACCGCAGGGUUCACGGCGUUGGCUCGUUGUUGUCGAGUAAAUUGGCAGAGUGGCAAGGUCCGGCGCUGCUGGCCUAUAAUAAUGCGGAGUUCACGGAUGAUGAUUUUGUUAGUAUCUCUCGGAUUGGAGAUAGUAAGAAGCAGGGGCAAGCGUGGAAGACUGGCCGCUUUGGAGUGGGCUUCAACUCAGUGUACCAUUUGACGGAUUUGCCCUCUUUUGUAAGUGGCAAAUAUGUGGUACUAUUUGAUCCCCAGGGCAUAUAUCUUCCAAAUAUUUCAGUGGCAAAUCCUGGAAAACGCAUUGAAUAUGUUAAUUCUUCAGCCAUGUCACUUUACAAAGAUCAAUUCCUUCCAUACUGUACUUUUGGAUGUGACAUGAAGAGACCUUUCCAUGGAACUUUAUUCCGUUUCCCUUUGAGGAAUGCAGAUCAGGCAGCAACUAGUAAGCUCUCAAGGCAAGCUUACCUGGAAGAUGACAUUUCUUCCAUGUUUCUCCAGCUUUAUGAGGAAGGAGUUUUGACAUUACUUUUUCUUAAAAAUGUCAUAUCUGUUGAAAUGUAUUUAUGGGAUUCUGGAGCACUAGAGCCACAAAAGAUUUAUUCCUGCUCUGUCAAUUCAGCCAAUGAAGAUACAAUUUGGCAUCGUCAAGCACUUCUCAGACUAUCUAAUUCUAUUGUCUCCUCAAAUAUUGAAAUGGAUUCCUUUUCAUUGGACUUUUUGAGUGAGAAAGUUGCUGGGAAUAGUUUGGAGAAGAAAGUGGACACCUUUCACAUAGUGCAGGCAAUGGCACCAGCAUCUAGUAAAAUAGGAGCUUUUGCAGCUUCUGCUGCCAAAGAAUAUGAUAUCCACCUACUGCCUUGGGCAUCAGUUGCAGCUUGCAUAUCGGACAGUUUACUGGAGGAUAAUGUUCUUAAGCAUGGCCGAGCAUUCUGUUUUCUUCCUCUGCCAGUAAGAACUGGAAUGGCUGUGCAAAUCAAUGGUUACUUUGAGGUUUCUUCAAACCGCCGCAGCAUUUGGUAUGGUGAUGAUAUGGACAGGGGUGGAAAACUUCGCUCCGACUGGAAUAUGCUUCUACUAGAAGAUGUUGUAUCCCCUGCUUUUACAAGGUUACUGCUGGGUGUACGAAGUUUACUAGGUCCAGAGAAGUUAUACUAUAAUCUAUGGCCCAGUGGUUCUUUUGAAGAGCCGUGGAACUUUUUGGUGGAGUGUAUUUACAGAAAUGUUGGUAAUAGUCCAGUCCUGUAUUCAGAUGUCGGAGGAGGGAAAUGGGUAUCACCAGCUGAAGCUUUUAUUCAUGAUGAGUUGUUCACUAGAAGUAAGGAACUUGGUGAGGCACUUCUGCUGGUAGGGAUGUCCAUUGUUUGUCUUCCCAAUUUCCUUUCUGACAUGCUCCUCAGAUAUUCUUCAAGUUUUAUUCAAAGAGUAAUUACUCCUUCAACAGUACGAUGUUUUCUCAGGGAAUGCAAAACGCUGAUAUCGUUGAGCAAGUUCUACAGAUUAGUAUUAUUGGAAUAUUGCCUUGAAGAUCUGAUUGAUGAAGAUGUUGGUAGAGAUGCAAGUGAACUGCCUUUGAUUCCUUUAGCUAGUGGUGAAUUUGCAUCAUUUUCUGAAGCCUCCAAAGGGUUUCCUUACUUUAUCUGCAGUGAGUUGGAAUACAUGCUGCUUUACCAGAUCCCUGAUAGAGUAAUUGAUCGAAAUAUUCCUCCUGACAUACUGACCAGAAUUUCAGCUAUUGCAAAAUCUUCAAAUUCCAAUAUUGUGACUUUCAAUGAUAAAUAUUUCCUUCAGUUAUUCCCUAAAUUUUUCCCUUCCGAGUGGAAAUAUAAGAACAGGGUUCUUUGGAACCCAGAAUCUAGCCCCAUCCAUCCAUCUUCAUCAUGGUUUCUGCUUUUCUGGCAGUAUCUUCGGGAUCAGUGUGAGAAUUUGUCCCUGUUUUGUGAUUGGCCUAUCUUUCCAUCCACCUCAGGGCAUCUAUAUAGAGCCUUAAGACACUUAAAAUUGAUUGAUGCAGAAAAAUUGCCUGGUAAGAUGAGGACUCUCCUUGCUAAGAUUGGGUGCAGGAUAUUGAGCCCUAAUUAUGGGGUUGAACAUUGGGAGUUGUCCCAUUAUGUCCAUGGUGCUGAUGGUGCUGGUGUUUUGGAAGCCAUUUUUGAUGUUGUUUCCUCAAAUGAGGACCUAAAGCAUCUGUUUAAUGAUAAUCUUGGAGUGGAUGAGAAGGAUGAGCUUCGCCAUUUUCUUCUUGACCCUAAGUGGUAUAUUGGAGACUGUAUAUUGGAGUUGCACAUACAGAAGUGCAAGAUGUUGCCUAUUUAUAAAGUUCAUGAUGGUGAAUCGAUUCAAACUUUCCAUUUUUCUGACCUAGAAAAUCCUAUAAAGUAUUUACCACCUUCAGAUAUUCCCAAGUAUUUGCUUGGAGAAGAGUUCAUUUGCAGCUUAUCUGAUACUGAAGAGAAGAUUCUAUUAGGAUAUUAUGGAAUUGAGCAGAUGGGUAAGGCAUGUUUCUACAAACAGCAGGUGUUAAACAGAAUUUGUGAGUUGCAACCAGAGGUUCGUGACAGAGUUAUGCUUUCUAUUCUACAGGACCUACCUCAAUUAUGUGCAGAGGAAACAUCUUUGAGAGAUUCAUUGAGAAAGUUGGAAUUUGUCCCAACCCUUAGUGGUAUUCUAAAAUGUCCUGACGCUUUAUAUGAUCCUCGUAAUGAAGAAUUAUAUGCACUUCUAGAAGAUUCUGACAGUUACCCUUAUGGUUUGUUCCAAGAAUCUGGUGCGUUGGACAUGUUAAUAGGUUUGGGCCUUAGGACAUUUGUCUCUCCUGAGACAAUUAUACAAAGCGCUCGUCAAAUUGAGCUAAUGAUGCACAAAGAUCAACAGAAGGCACAUGUAAAAGGAAAGGCUCUUCUUUCCUACCUAGAAGUAAAUGCAGUAAAGUGGUCUUUCAAUCUGCUAAAUGAUGGUAAGAGGAGAAUGAACAGAUUGUUCUCACAAGUUGCAACUUCUUUUAAGCCCCGAAAUUCUGAAAUUGAUCUAGAAAAAUUCUGGAAUGAUCUCAGAAUGAUCUGCUGGUGCCCAGUCCUGGUUGCUGCUCCAUAUCCAUCUUUACCAUGGCCUUCCAUUUCAUCAAUGGUUGCUCCUCCAAAGCUGGUCAGACUACCAGCAGAUAUGUGGCUUGUUUCAGCUAGCCUGCGUAUACUUGAUGGUGAAUGUUCCUCAACAGCAUUGUCUUCUAGCCUGGGAUGGUCUACUACACCCGGUGGAAGUAUUCUUUCUGCCCAACUACUCGAGCUAGGGAAAAAUAAUGAGCUUGUUCAAGAUAAGGUUCUUCGGCAAGAAUUGGCUCUAGCAAUGCCAAAGAUAUACUCUAUAUUGACAAGCAUGAUUGGCUCUGAUGAAAUGGAUAUUGUAAAGGCUAUUCUAGAAGGGUGCCGUUGGAUUUGGGUGGGAGACGGGUUUGCAACCUUGGAUGAGGUUGUACUUAAUGGUCCUCUUCAUCUGGUUCCUUAUAUACGGGUUAUUCCUGUUGAUUUAGCAGUUUUCAGGGAAUUAUUUUUGGAGCUUGGCAUACGAGAGUUCUUGAAACCUGAAGAUUAUGCUGGUAUUCUACAUAGAAUGGCUGCAAGAAAAGGUUGUAAUCCUCUGGAUGCACAUGAACUCAGGGCAGCAGUACUGAUUGUGCAGCAUCUGGCUGAAGCUCAUUUUCAGGAUAAGCACAAUGAGAUCUAUCUACCAGAUGUGUCAUCCAGAUUGUUUUCUGCCACUGACCUAGUUUACAAUGAUGCUCCAUGGUUGCUUGGCUCUGGAGGGCCUGAAAAUGAAUUUGGGAAUGCCUCUACAGUGACUUUUAAUGUAAAGAGAACUGCUCAAAAAUUUGUGCAUGGUAACAUUUCAAAUGAUGUGGCAGAGAAACUGGGUGUAUGCUCACUUCGUAGGAUAUUACUUGCUGAGAGUGCUGACUCAAUGAAUUUGAGUUUAUCAGGAGCUGCUGAGGCUUUUGGACAGCAUGAAGCCUUGACAACCAGGCUUAAACAUAUAGUUGAGAUGUAUGCAGAUGGACCUGGUAUUCUUUUUGAACUAGUACAAAAUGCAGAAGAUGCAGGUGCUUCUGAAGUCACUUUUCUCUUGGAUAAAACUCAGUAUGGGACUUCAUCUGUUCUUUCUCCUGAAAUGGCAGAUUGGCAGGGCCCUGCUCUCUACUGUUUCAAUAAUUCUAUUUUUAGUGCACAAGAUCUUUAUGCAAUCUCACGUAUUGGACAAGAUAGUAAACUUGAGAAGCCCUUUGCAAUUGGAAGGUUUGGGCUUGGCUUUAACAGUGUUUAUCAUUUUACAGAUAUCCCAACAUUUGUUUCUGGGGAGAACAUUGUAAUGUUUGAUCCUCAUGCCUGUUACUUGCCUGGCAUCUCUCCAUCCCACCCUGGUCUGCGAAUCAGAUUUGUUGGUAGAAGUAUAUUGGAACAAUUUCCUGAUCAGUUUUCUCCAUUCUUGCAUUUUGGUUGUGACCUUCAGCAUCCAUUUCCUGGAACCCUCUUCCGUUUUCCCCUCAGAAGUGAAGGUACAGCUUCCAGAAGCCAAAUAAAGAAAGAAAAAUAUGCAUUAGAAGAUGUUUUAUCACUCUUCUCUUCGUUUUCUGAAGUUGUAUCACAAGCCCUUCUUUUCCUUCGCAAUGUGAAAACCAUCUCAAUUUUUGUGAAGGAUGGAGUUGGUAAUGAAAUGCACCUUCUCCACCGUGUUGAUAAGAAUCAUAUCAGGGAGCCUGAAACUGCAUCUAUUCCAAUGCAUCCUCUGCUUAGCUUUAUUCAUGGAAACCGACAGUGUGGAAUGGAUAAGGACCAGUUCCUUAAUAAAUUGAGUAAAACGAUAGAUAGUGACUUGCCAUGGGAUUGUGUAAAAAUUGUGGUAACUGAGAAGACUCCCUCUGGUGACAAGUCACACUUGUGGAUAACCAGUGAAUGUUUAGGAGGUGGACGUGCUAAGAACAAAUCUUUAGCCUUGGAGAACAGGUCUCGGAAUUUUAUUCCCUGGGCAUGUGUUGCUGCAUAUUUGCAUUCUGUUAAUUUGAAAGACAUAAUGCAAUUGGGAAAUAGACAGAUGAUUGAAGGACAACCAAGUGACAGUAUUCCUGAUAUCUUUCAUGUUCCUCUGGAUUCCAGACAAGUCAGAAAGGAGUUUGAGGGUCGAGCCUUCUGCUUUUUACCACUGCCAAUUGUCACUGGUCUACCAGCACAUAUUAAUGCAUAUUUUGAGUUGUCAUCAAACCGCAGGGAUAUUUGGUUUGGCAAUGACAUGGCAGGGGGUGGAAAAGUACGCUCAGAUUGGAAUAUUUACCUUCUUGAAGAUGUUGUUGCUCCUGCUUAUGGCCACUUGCUUGAAAAAAUUGCAAUAGAGGUUGGUCCAUCUGAUCUAUUCUUUUCAUUUUGGCCUACAAAAGCCAUACAAGAACCAUGGGGAUCAAUGGUGCGGAAAAUCUAUUCGUGUAUUGCUGAUCUUGGUCUUCAUGUCUUACACACAAAAGCUAGGGGAGGCCUUUGGAUCUCAACUAAACAAGCCAUUUUCCCUGAUUUUACUUUUCUAAAGGAAAAUGAGCUUGUAGAAGCAUUAUCAGAUGCAGGUUUGCCUAUUGUUACCGUUUCUAAGCCAGUGGUGGAGAUGUUUAUGGAAGUUUGCCCAUCACUUCAUUAUUUGACACCUCAACUUCUAAGGACCUUAUUGAUUCGACGGAAACGUGAAUUUAAGAACAGGGAUGCAAUGAUAUUGAUGCUGGAAUACUGCUUAAGUGACAUGACUGUACCUAAUCGUUCUGAUAAUCUGCAUGGUUUACCUUUGGUUCCUCUUUCCAAUGGUUUGUUUACAAUGUUCAGCAAGAGGGGAGAGGGGGAAAGAGUAUUUGUUACUUCUAAAGAUGAAUAUGGUCUUCUUAAGGACACAGUUCCUCAACUUCUUGUAGAUUGCAGCAUUCCAGAUGCAGUUCAUAGGAAGCUCUAUGAGGUAGCGGAACAUAGAGGUUGUAAUAUUUCCUUACUGACAUGCCAUCUUCUUGAGGAGCUUUUUCCCAGGUUUAUGCCGACAGAGUGGCAGCAUGCUAAACUGGUAUCUUGGACCCCAGGUUACCAAGGUCAACCAAGUUUAGAGUGGAUGGGACUGUUCUGGAACUAUUUGAACUCAUCUUGUGAUGACCUCUCAGUGUUCUCUAAGUGGCCUAUUUUGCCAGUAAGGCAUAAUUGCCUCAUGCAGAUUGUCCAGGACUCAAAUGUGAUUAAAGAUGACGGAUGGAGUGAGAACAUGUCUUCGCUGUUGCAGAAACUAGGAUGUCUCUUCCUGAGCUCUGAUGUUCCCAUAGAUCAUCCACAGUUGAAAUUUUUUGUGCAGGACUCUACUGCAACUGGCAUCUUAAAUGCUGUCCUAACUGUUUCUGUUGAGCCACAACAUAUCAUGGGGCUUUUCUCAGAUGCAUCAGAGGGAGAGAUGCAUGAACUUCGGAGUUUCAUUCUCCAGUCGAAGUGGUUCUGUUCCAAUCGGAUGGAGCAUAGACACAUAAAUGUAAUCAAGCAUCUCCCGGUGUUUGAGUCAUGUAGAAGUAGAAAACUUGUAUGUUUGAGUGAACCUACUAAAUGGCUCAAGCCAGAAGGUGUAAGUGAGGAUUUUUUGGAUGAAAGCUUUGUUCGUACUGAAUCAGAAAAGGAGAAAACCAUUCUAAGAAGUUAUUUAGGGAUCAGGGAACCUACAAAGGCUGAAUUCUACAAAGACUAUGUACUCAGUCGUAUGCCAGAAUUUCUUUCACAUCAAGGAGCUCUUUCUUCCAUUUUUCAUGAAAUAAAACUUCUGAUUGAGGAGGAUACUUCCAUUAAAUCUGUGUUCUCACAAACAGCUUUUGUUUUGGCGGCAAAUGGAUCCUGGCAACAUCCUUCGAGGCUUUAUGAUCCCCGUGUACCAGGACUACGAAAAGUUCUGCAUAAUGAAGCUUACUUCCCUUCUGACAAGUUCUUGGAUGAUGAAGCCCUAGAGCUUUUAGUUUGCCUGGGGCUUAAGAGGAUGCUAGGGUUUACUGGUUUGCUUGAUUGUGCUAGGUCUGUUAAGAUGUUGCAUGAUUCAGAGGAUCUGGAAUCUCUAAAUUAUGGAAGUAGGUUACUUGCUUGUUUAGAUGCUUUAGGAUCUAAGCUUUCCCAUUUGGAGAAAGACAGCUGCGAUGAUACCAGUCAUUUUUCAUUAUGUGAGAUACAAAGUGAUUUAGGUGAUGAUGGUGAGGUGAGUGUUGAUUUUCCCAAGAAAGACAUGGAGAACGGAUGCAAAUUGGAUUUGGACAUUGUUUCUUGUUUGGGUGACAUGAUCUAUGAUAAACCAGAAGAAGAAUUUUGGUCAGAAAUGAAAACCAUAGCUUGGUGUCCAAUUUAUACUGAUCCACCUAUACAAGGACUUCCAUGGUUCACAUCCAAACAAAAAGUUGCACCUCCCGGUAUUGUUCGACCUAAAUCACAAAUGUGGAUGGUUUCAUCUGCAAUGCAUAUAUUAAAUGGUGAAUGCCACUCAAUUUAUGUACAGAACAAACUUGGUUGGAUGGAUUGUCCGAGCAUAACAGUGUUAUCUUCUCAGUUAGUUGAGUUAUCUAAGAGCUAUUCCCAGCUUAAAUUGCUUUCUUUAGUUGAACCUGCUCUUGAUGCUGCAAUGCAGAAGGAGAUCCCUACACUGUAUUUAAAAUUGCAGGAGUAUGUGGGUACUGAUGAUUUUAGAAUUCUAAAAUCUGCACUGGAUGGUGUUCCAUGUAUUUGGAUUGGGGACAAUUUUGUAUCACCAAAGGAGCUUGCAUUUGAUUCACCAGUGAAAUUUCAUCCAUAUUUGUAUGCUGUUCCAUCUGAGUUGUCAGGGUUCAGAGAUCUUCUCUUGGCAUUAGGCGUGAAACUUACAUUUGAUGCAUUGGACUAUUUGCAUGUUCUACAACGUUUACAGAAUGAUGUUAAAGGUCUUCCAUUACAAUCUGAGCAGUUAGAUUUUGUUCAUUGUGUCCUUGAAGCUGUUGCAGACUGUUAUGCAGAUAAGCCAUUGUCUGAGGCAUCUGAUACUCUGUUGUUAGUUCCUGAUUCUUCUGGAGUACUGAUGUGCUCGAUGGACCUUGUGUAUAACGAUGCACCAUGGAUGGAAAAUGCUUCUUUGUCUGCAAAACAUUUUGUACAUCCAAGUAUUAGCAAUGAUCUGGCUAGCAGGUUGGGGAUACAAUCACUUCGUUGUUUGUCUUUAGUUGAUGAGGAAACGACCAAGGAUUUACCAUGCUUGGACUAUAAUAGAAUAAGUGAGCUUCUGGCACUGUAUGGGAACAGCAAUUUUUUGUUGUUUGAUCUUCUUGAGUUGGCAGAUUGUUGCAAAGCAAGGAUGAUGCACCUAAUAUUUGACAAGCGGGAACAUCCUCGUCAGUCUCUACUCCAACACAAUCUAGGUGAAUUUCAAGGACCCUCUCUAGUAGUUAUUAUGGAAGGUGCUACCUUGACCAGGGAAGAAGUAAGCAGUCUCCAACUUCGUCCUCCAUGGAGGCUGCGGGGCAGUACUCUAACAUAUGGCUUAGGUUUGCUUAGCACAUAUUUUGUCUGUGAUCUUCCAUCUGUUAUUUCAAAUGGCUACUUUUACAUGUUUGACCCACGUGGUCUAGCUCUUUCUAUACCUCCAAGCCAUGUUCCUUCUGCAAAAAUGUUCUCUUUGACAGGUACUAACUUGAUGGAAAGAUUCCAUGAUCAGUUUAAGCCAAUGCUCAUUGGUGAAAAGAUGCCAUGGAAGUUAUCAGAUUCCACAAUUAUCCGCAUGCCUCUGUCAUUAGAAUUCAUGAAAGAUGGUAUUGAGCAUGGCUCAGAGAGGAUUAAACAGAUCUGUGACAUAUUUUGGGAGCAUGCAUCUAGAAACCUUCUAUUCUUAAAAUCAGUUUUGCAGGUGUCACAAUCAACAUGGGAGGAUGGGAGUGCACAACCAUGUCUAGAUUAUUCAGUUUUUGUGGACACAUCAUCUGCUCCUUUAAGGAAUCCUUUUGCUGAAAAGAAGUGGAGAAAGUUUCAGAUAUCAAGGCUAUUUAGCAACUCCAAUGUUGCAACCAAGUUGCAAAUUAUAGAUGUGGACAUUUUUCAAGGAGGAAAUAAAGUUGUUGACAGAUGGCUUGUUGCUCUCAGCUUGGGAUCUGGGCAAACAAGAAAUAUGGCUCUUGAUAGGCGUUAUGUGGCUUACAACUUGACACCUAUUGCUGGAGUUGCAGCACACAUAUCUCGAAAUGGCCAACCUGUUAAUGCCUAUUUGUCAAGUUGCAUUUUAUGUCCUCUUCCUCUAUCUGGAUCUUUAAGCGUACCUGUCACCACUCUUGGAUGUUUCCUUGUCCGUCACAAUCAGGGCCGCUACCUAUUCAAGUACCAAGAUGGCAUGUCUUCAGCAGAGGCACCUACUGACAUUGGGAAUCAGUUAAUAGAAGCUUGGAACAGAGAGUUGAUGUGUUGUGUUUGUGAUUCAUAUGUAGAAAUGGUGUUAGAAAUCCAAAAGCUAAGAAGAGAUCCCUCAGUUUCAUCUAUACAGUCACCAUCAGUACAUGCAGUUAGCCAGGUUCUCCGGUCUUAUGGGGAACGCAUUUACUUGUUAUGGCCAAGGUCUAAGCAGCAUUCAACACAUGAUGAACCAAAUGAUGGUAGUAGUACAAGUUUAUCACCAUUGUUUAAGGCAGAUUGGAAUUGCUUCGUUGAUCAAGUGAUAAGGCCAUUCUAUGUCCGCCUUGUUGGUCUUCCUGUCUGGCAGCUAUACUCUGGAAAUAUGGUAAAGGCAGAAGAAGGUAUGUUUCUUGCUCAACCUGGGAAUGGGUUGGGUGAUCGCUUGCCGCCAGCUAAUGUUUGUGGCUUCAUCAAGGAACAUUAUCCAGUGUUUGCAGUACCUUGGGAACUGGUAACUGAAAUUCAAGUUGUGGGAGCUACAGUUCGAGAAAUCAGACCCAAGAUGGUUCGGGAUCUCCUUAGGGCUUCCUCAGCAUCAAUUGUGCUUCGAUCAGUUGAGACAUAUAUAGAUGUUCUUGAGUACUGUUUAUUUGAUAUUCAACUUCAGGAGCUAUCUGACUCAUUUACAGCUGAUUCAUCAUCAGAGAGCAUUAGCUUGCUUCCUAGUAACAGGGAGGGUAUACAUGAGUCUAGCUCAGCUGGUUUUGUAUUAAAACCAAAUGUUCAAGGACCUUAUAAUUUGUUCUCACAGAGUACAGGCAAUCCAGGAGGGGAAAAAAUGGAUAGGGUGUCAAGCUUUGGGAAGGCCUUAUUUGAUUUUGGUCGUGGUGUUGUUGAAGACUUUAGUAGGGCUGGGCCAUUAGUUCAGAAGAACAUCAUUGAAGGGAAUAAUUGUACUGGUGUGAAUGCUGAUGGAAAGUAUAGAGCUAUAACUGCUGAGCUUAGAGGCUUACCAUGCCCAACUGCAACCAGGCAUCUGGUAAGAUUGGGGGCUACAGAUCUUUGGGUUGGGAGCAAGGAACAGCAAACAUUAAUGCUUCCACUAGCAGCAAAAUUUAUUCACCCAAAAUGCUUAGGAAGAUCAAUCAUGGCUGAGAUUUUCUCUGACCGAAACAUCCAAAGAUUAUUGAAAUUGCAGGGUUUUUCCCUGUACUUAUUGGCAAGUAACAUGAGGUUACUUUUUAGUGAGCAAUGGGUAAGUCAUGUAAUUGAUACAAAUAAGGCUCCAUGGUUUUCAUGGGAGAGUGGUAUGGGCUCAAGUGGUGAUGGGGGGCCUUCUCCAGAAUGGAUAAAGCUUUUCUGGAAAUGUUUCUGUAGCUCAUCUGGAGACCUCUCACUGUUCUCUGAUUGGCCACUUAUUCCUGCAUUUUUAGGUAGGCCAGUAUUAUGCCGUGCUAAAGAGCAUGACUUAGUAUUUAUCCCACCUCCCCUUACAAGUCAAGCUACUGAAAAUGGUGACAGAGAACUGAAUACAGAUGAUCAUGACCCAACAGAAUUUUCCAAAACUGAAUCUGUCCAACCCUUUGUUUUAGCUUUUCAAGUAAUAAAAACAAGGUAUCCUUCAUUGUUGUCACUGUUGAACCAGUGCAAUAUACCUGUAUAUGAUACAGUUUUCCUUGAGUGUGCUGCUUCAAGUAAUUGUUUACCUCUGCCUAGUCAAUCCAUAGGGCAAGUUAUUGCUUCCAAGCUCUUUGCAGCUAAACGUGCUGGCUAUUUUUCCAAACCGGCUUCUCUCAUACCGGCAGAUCGUGAUAUGCUUUUUAACAUUUUUGCUUCAGAUUUCACUUGCUCAAUUGGCUCCGCAUACAAAAGGGAAGAGCUGGAUGUGUUACGGGAUCUUCCCAUUUAUAAAACAGUCAUGGGGACAUAUACUCAAUUGCACAGUUCUGAUCAGUGCAUUAUCUCUCCAAAUUCGUUUUUCCAGCCACAGGAUGAACGUUGCCUUUCUUAUUCCACACAUUCUGGUGGAAAUAUGUUUCUCCGAGCCCUUGAGAUCCCAGAGUUGCAUGAUCAAGAGAUAAUGCUGAAGUUUGCAUUGCCUGGUUUUGAAGGAAAAACUCAGUCUGAGAAGGAGGAUAUCUUGAUAUAUCUGUAUAUGAACUGGCAAGAUCUCCAACUAAAUCCAAAUAUAGUUGGCACCUUGAAGGAGACCAAGUUUGUUAGAAAUGCUGAUGAGAACUCUGUAGAAUUAUUUAAACCAAAUGAGCUUUUUGAUCCUGGAGAUUCUCUAUUGACUUUGGUAUUCUCUGGAGAGAGAGUGAAGAAAUUUCCUGGUGAGAGGUUUACUACUGAUGGCUGGCUUCGCAUUUUAAAGAAAACAGGCCUUCGAACAGCAACAGAAUCUGAAAUAAUACUUGAAUGUGCUAGAAAAGUAGAGUUUCUUGGAAAAGAAUGCAUGAAAUCUGUAAGGGAUCCUAAUGAUCUUGAGGCAGACAUAAUGGAUGUUGAAAAUGAAAUUUCUUCUGAAAUAUGGUCAUUAGCUGGAGCUGUCAUAGAAACCAUAUUUUCAAAUUUUGCUGUCCUGUAUGGUAAUAACUUCUGCAAUACAUUGAGCAAUAUUGCAUUUAUACCUGCCGAGAAAGGCUUUCCAAAUAUUGGUGGCAAGAAAGGUGGGAAGAGGGUAUUGUGUUCUUAUAGCGAAGCUAUUCUGUUGAAGGAUUGGCCUCUGGCAUGGAGUUGUGCUCCUAUUCUUUCCAGACAGAAUGUCAUUCCACCUGAUUACUCUUGGGGAGCACUUCACCUAAGGAGUCCCCCAGCUUUUUCUACAGUCUUGAGGCAUUUACAGGUUGUUGGAAAAAAUGGUGGUGAAGACACUCUUUCUCACUGGCCAACAUCAUCAGGCAUAAUGACCAUAGAGGCAGCUUGUUGUGAAGUUCUUAAGUAUCUCAAUAAGAUUUGGGGUUCCCUCUCUACUUCAGAUAUAACAGAAUUGCAGAGAGUAGCAUUCAUUGCAGUUGCCAAUGGAACAAGACUAGUUACAGCAAACUCCCUUUUUGUGCGUCUGACAAUAAACCUCUCUCCAUUUGCCUUUGAACUUCCUACCAUCUACCUCCCUUUUGUCAAGAUUCUCAAGGAUUUGGGUCUUCAAGAUGUGCUAUCAGUUGACCGUGCAAAGGAUAUUUUGCUGAAUCUCCAGAAGGAAUGUGGAUACCAGCGCCUAAAUCCAAAUGAACUCCGUGCAGUGAUGGAAACUCUGCAAUUUAUUUGUGAUGGAAUUAUGCUGGCAAACAAGUCAGAUGCAUCUGGUUCAGAAGCAAUUGUCCCAGAUGAUGGAUGCAGACUUGUUCUAGCUAGAUCAUGUGUAUAUAUUGAUUCUUAUGGCUCAAGGUUUAUCGGGUCUAUAGACACUUCAAGACUAAGAUUUGUUCACCCGUAUCUUCCAGAAAGAAUAUGCACAACCUUGGACAUUAGAAAGCUAUCUGAAGCGGUUGUCGAGGAACUGGAUCCUGAACAACAACUUGCAGUCAUUGAAAGCAUUGGAACAGUUCCACUCACAAUUAUCAGGGAAAAGCUGUUGAGUAGAUCAUUUCAGGUUGCAGUAUGGACUAUUGGGAAUUGCAUAGCCGGUAACAUGCCUGCAUUUGAAGGCCUGACAUUGGAGAGAGUACAAAACUUACUUGAAUCCAUUGCAGAUAAAUUGCAGUUUGUUCAGUGCCUACGUACUAGGUUUCUUCUACUUCCAAAGUCUCUAGACAUUACCCGUGUAAAUAAGAAACCCAUUAUUCCUGAGUGGGAGAAUGAACCUGGACAUAGGACUCUUCAAUUUGUCAACCAGUCGAAGACUUGUAUUUUAGUUGCUGAACCUCCACAUUAUAUUUCCAUUUUCGAUGUUAUUGCUGUUGUUGUGAGCCAGGUACUGAGCUCACCAAUCCCAUUACCUAUUGGGCCAUUAUUAUCCUGUCCACAGGAUUCAGAGAAAGCAAUUGUUGGUACCAUGAAACUUGGGUAUGAACAAGGAGAAAUUGAGCCCAAAUUUGGGCAUAAUUGGUUGCUUGGCAAGGACUUGCUGCCGCAGGAUGCUCAUCAGGUGCAAUUUCAUCCACUAAGACCCUUCUAUGCCGGAGAGAUAGUGGCAUGGAGGACAGGAAAGGAUGGAGAAAAAUUGAAGUAUGGUAGAGUUCCUGAAGAUGCAAGGCCAUCAGCAGGACAAGCACUUUACAGGUUUAAGGUGGAGACAGUGCCAGGGAUAACUGAGCCUCUUCUCUCAUCUCAGAUAUUCUCAUUUAGAGCCAUAUCAACAGCCAAUGAGAGUUCCAUGUCACCCUCUACUGAUGCUAGGCAUGUGGAUAUGGAAAACAAGAUGGAUGUCGAGGUACUGAAAGGUGCUGAAAGACACGUAGCUGGACCUUCUCAGCAAAGUAAGGAACUCCAGUAUGGUCGAGUUUCAGCAGCAGAAUUGGUGCAGGCAGUACAUGACAUGCUUUCUGCCGCUGGAAUUAAUAUGGAUGUGGAGAAGCAAUCCCUACUGCAAACAACCUUGAACCUGCAAGAGCAACUCAAGGAAGUUCAGGCAGUGCUGCUACUUGAGCAGGAAAAAGCUGAAGUAGCAGAAAAAGAAAUUGACGCAGCAAAAGCUGCAUGGCUGUGCAGAAUCUGCUUGAGCACGGAGGUAGAUAUAGCGAUAAUUCCUUGUGGCCACGUACUCUGUCGUAGAUGCUCAUCUGCUGUCUCUAGGUGCCCUUUCUGUCGGCUCCAUGUUUCAAAAACUAUGAAAAUUUUCCGCCCAUAAAAUUGGAUUUGGCAUUAAAGAAAAAUCAAACAUAUACAAGGUAAUUUUUUAUUAAAAACUUGUACCAAUCUCUUAGGCAUUACGAGUAUUACAUGAAUUUGAUCUUUUCCUACCAUCAA